AUGCUCUUCUUCAGCUUCUUCAAAACCCUAACCCAACAGACCGUGACCGUCGAGCUCAAGAACGACAUCUCCAUCCGCGGCACCCUCAAAUCCGUCGACCAAUACCUCAACAUCAAGCUCGACGACAUCGUGGUGCUGGAUGAGCUGAAGUACCCGCACCUGUCGAGCGUGCGGAACAUUUUCAUCCGCGGGAGUGUCGUGCGGUAUGUGCACUUGCCGCCGGAUAAGGUCGACAGGGGAUUGUUGGAGGAUGCGUGUCGGAGGGAGGCAUUGCAGGGGAAGGCUAAGGGGGCUUGA